UGUAUAAUUCUAACCAUAUGAUCGUAAACUUACAAUUAAAAGUAUACUUACACAGAUAAUUUCUUUGUUUAUAGAAAUAUAAUUAUAUAAAUGUAUAAAACAUUUAUGAUAUUAAAAAAAAAUUAUAGGAACGCGACAAUUUUAUUACGAGGAAUAAGUAUUAUGACACAGAAUAAUCCAAUAGAACUUUCAAUAAAAAAAAAAUUGAUAGAUUUUUUAAAUCCAUCUUACAUCGAAGUAAUAAAUGAAUCAUAUAUGCACAAUGUUUCUAAAGGAUCUGAAACGCAUUUCAAAGUAAUCGUCGUUUCUGAUUUGUUCAAAGAUAAACCACUUAUUAAGCGUCAUCAAAUGAUAAAUAAAUUAUUAGAAGCAGAAUUACAAGGAGGUGUGCAUGCAUUAUCAAUUGUAGCGAAGACAUCUGAUCAAUGGAAAGACAAAUGUAAUAUAUCACCAAGUCCAGUUUGUAGAGGUGGUUUUGGAAAAUAAAUUUUUGUUAUAUAUAUAUAUAUAUAUAUAUCAAUAUUUGAAUUAUAGAUAUCAUAGUAUGUAUAUACAUAUGAUAUCUGCAUAUUAAAUUUUUUAGAUUUUAAUUUAAUUCUAUUUUAUAAUUAUAUGCAAUUAAGGAACUUAAAAUAAGAUAAUUAUAAAUUUUUAAAUUCAAUAUUGAUUAUUAAUAAUACUUAAUUUGAACUGAACAGUAAUUUAAAAAAAUAAAAAGAUACAUUAAUGUCAUAAA